CCAGAUCUCUGUGGCCGAUUCAAACGUAGCGGGGGAAAACCAACCAGAGCCUGCAAGGAAUUUUCGACCAACCGCAUACGCCAACUCAAGGCACCUGGGUUCGAUUUUCCAUCGUCGACCUUCGCCGUCAAUAUUCGCAUGACUUUUUCUCUUCAACUAUCGCUCCACUGAGAAUGUCAAAUCCCGAAAAGCCGGCACAAUGUCCCGCGACCUCGAGCGACUGAUAGAGUCAGUCAUCACUGACAUCUCGUGUUAUGGUGACUUAGGAUGCACCGUAUUGCAUGUACUCGAUUCACUCGGCACUUUUUACAAGGACACCCGACCCAGACGAGAUUCACCAGCAGAAUCCUCUCAGCUAACAGACGAGGAACCCAACCAGCUGCUGUGGUCCACGGCCUGGGACUGGCUGAGAGGGAGGAAGGACGUCUCUGUGGGACCGAAUCGGAAGUGGAAUCAUGUGCCCCUGGUUGACAUCCUCGCCUUGCCGGAUCCAGACUCUCAGGAUGGAGUAGCAGCUCUCAGCACCUCGGAAGGUGUUGCAGAAGAGGUUUCAAAAGAUUCUGAGCCCAAAGACCUCGCCAAGUCAACGCCGAAGACCCUCGGCCUUCGAAAGCGACCUCGUAUCUACGUCUCCGAGGAUCGUAUGUGGGAAUCAAUUGCUGGACAUGCGCCCGACUACCGCAGAGUCCCGAGACUGGAGUGGAUGGCCUUGGUUGGCAUCGCCUCCACUAAGCAGCAGGGUAUCUUGCAAGGCGAUUUAGGCCGGCUUGUUGGCCAAGACAAACGCUCGUUGCCCAAAAGAACAGAUGCUUUAGCAGAGAAGGGUUAUAUUUCGAAACGAACGACACUCGUCAGAGGGACCAAGACCAGCAAAAUGUGGUUAACACGCUUCGCCCCCGCCCUUCCAAUCGAUCCCCUGAAAGCAACCGCAAGUCUGCACACGACUGUCGAUAUGUCCCGAAAUGCUCUGGCGUGCGACCUAGAGCCUGUCUCGUGGCGUGGCAGAUGGAAUGGGGAAUCGGUCGACUACAUAUCUUUGGCCCAAACAAUCAUGGCAAUCGUGAAGGCCUUUGGGAUCAUCAGAUAUCAUGACCUACGGUGCAAGCUGGGCAUUUUGGGUCUGAGAUGGCAGAUGAAAGUUGCCGCCAAGACGUGUCGGUUCUUCGUCCAGACUGGUGCCAUCCAGUAUGUUGGCGCCACGUUAUCUGGGAAACUGUUCAAGGACUGCCUCAAGUUCGAUCACGAUCUUACACACGAGGACUGGGCCGCCUAUCUUGCUACAGGGAAGCAGAAAAGCAUCCAGUCCGGCUAUAGCCUGAAUGAUGGAGAUCUUGUAUCUGACCCGGCAAGCAAAACCGCCAACAUGGACACCUCAAGCCCAGAGCCUGGACCUGGUCGCACUCUCAACAGAAGACGGAUCAAUCCACGCUCUAACUGGAUAGCCGACAAACCCCUUACUACGACAAUAUUCGACAACAUUUCCGCUGCCGGCUCCGCAGGUCUGUCGAAUAAGCAGUUAGGAGACUUGACACUGGGGUCGUCAUUUCGGCGGUAUAUCUCCUCCAUUUCUUCGACAAUUUCUCUUCCGACACAGCAGCCUGCGCAUCUCAGGCAAUUUCAGGUAUCGAGCGAGAUGCACCGAAAAGGCAAAUCUCAGCAAUAUCGCUAUUUUGCACUGAACGCCGACCUAGGUACCGCCGCUGCUGAGAAGAACGUCACUGGGGAGAUGGGCGACAAUCAAUCUUUGGCUGAUGGGGCUCAUGCAAAGACGCUGGCAGGUCACUUUGCAGAUCCAACAGUCACCCCUGACUUGUCCUAUGUUGCCGGUGGCUUAGCUGCUCUGACUCGAGUCUCUGGCAAGGCACUCAAUGCCAUCACUAAGAGGAAGGUCGAAGCUUUGGAUAUUAUGCGAGUCAAUGGGGCUCAAGAGGCAGGACUGCGUCAGGCAAAGCGAAUGCAGCUACCACAGCUGACUGGCGACGAUUCUUCUGAAGAGGACGCGAGCUUUAUAGCGAGUGCGAGCUCGGAGCUAGACUCUGCAACCCCCUCCGGAACGGCUACCAGACGCGGUACGAGGCGAAGACCAGCUGAAUCGGCAAGAGCAUCAAAUAUCGUGACACUCAAAGUGGACCCGUCAGCGCUGUCCAGAAUACUCUCCAACAGCAGUCCACACCCCGAAGCCGGCGCGGUCCCAUACAUCUCGCAAGAUGCUCCCGUCGAUGGGACAGACAAGUCAAUGAUUCAUGCCGCUGUUGGGCAAGACGACAAGCUUCAGAAAUCUUCGAACAACGAAGCAACCCCUCCGGAUACAACAGCCGAGGAGGUCGAAGUCCCUGCAACUCUACCACCGGAUGAGCAGUCGAUUGUCGUGGGUUCUCAACACUCGAACCAAGAUGCGGAGAUGCCCAAUGCCGAAGCAGUGGACGAUACACUAGCCGACGACGUGCCUGUGAAGCGUGGAGGCCGUCGGGCCAAGAAAGGGUCAGCGAAAUCUUCUGCUCGCAGCCGUUCCAAGAUUUUCAAAUGCGACAAAUGUGGUGGAACUUGGAAGAAUGACGUUGGCAUCAAAUAUCACCUCGAGAAAUCAAAGACACCUUGCAACCCAAAUUAUGUGGCACCGCUUAUGGGGCCUCCCGAGAAGCUUUUUUCAACUGCGAAACGAUCAACUCUACCGAAACGAGCAGUCGUUCCUCCCCGACAGAUCAAACCUCGACACUCGAGAUUAUCUGCCAUCAAUGACACUCUAGACGAUGAGAGAAGCCAGGAGGACGUCUUCGGCGGGAAUGAAGGAGGAGAUGACGCUGUGACAGCGGGUAUACAAUCAUUCGAGGCCACUUCUUCCAGAAGUAGAAGACCACGCACCGAUCGAGGGAGGGAAUCUGGCGGAUCACAGGAGACGCGACAAGGCGCGAGAAGCAACACGAGCAGUUAUCGAAAUGCGUCAAAAUCAUCAAGUACGCUGAAGCCGCCGGUAUCCUCGGCACAGCUGCCCAUGAGCGGGCUCAUUGAUGAACCUGCCGGGGCUGUAAGAGACAUGCCAACGAAGCAUGCCUCGCUGCAGGUGGCAGUCGGGAGAGUAAAGGAAGAAGAUACACCAAAAACGAAGGGAACGGUCGUCUCCCCAGAACGCCGCAGAACGACUCUCGCGGACACCGCCGGAAUUGAUCCACCGCAGUGCUUGACGCCAACGAAGGCGCCUGACCGAUCGGGGCGACGAGGCUCGUACUCGGGUUCCGUCAAGCGAAAUUCAGAUGGAAGCUCAAAGCGAAUUGGCUCAGGAGAUGCGUCAGCACCAGUCAUCGAAUCCAACCCACUGCCACAUGCAGACGCACUGAGGAUCAGUCUCACCGACAGCAGUGGUAUUUCAAAAGCACAAACCAUGGAACGGGCACUCCAGUAUAUCCUACAUGCGAGUGGCGGUGUCUUCCCCGGAGGUCAGUCCCUUUGGUAUGCUACUAUCGCUACGUGGGAAGCUCUGUUCUCAUCUGAAGAGGCUCCGGACCAGCAACUGUACAAGAACGCAUUGGCAAGGCUGGCAAAGAAGAAGCAAGUGGUCGUCAGUACACAUGCCUUCAAAAAUUCUAAAGGCAUGAUGGCAAACUACCAGUUGAUUCGAAUAUCUGGAAUUGAAGCGUCGUCCCCGCCCGGUGCGGCUAUGAAAGCGAACAUUGUGGCUCAUCAUCCUAGACUUUACAUCCCGCCGGCCUUCAGGCCCAAGGCAGGACUGCCCGAAGACGACAAGCAUGAUGCUCAGCCUGUCUUCUCAAGCCGCAGGAAGACGGUCCAGGUGAUGGAAGUUCUUGAUGCUCCCUUUUAUGCCAACAAAGCAGCCAACGAGAGGCCUAACACGCCCCCUGAAGGAUCCCAGACCCCAAGGAAACGCAGGAAAAGAAUGGUCACAAGGGAACAGAUUGCCCAUGCAGAAGAUCAAGGUCCCGAUGGAACACGCAAGAGAGACAUCUUCCGAUUCUUCAUGACAGGACAAGCUGGACCAAGUGAUGGGCCUUCUGAAUCCAUCGGAGAUGGAGGGAGUCGUCGUACUCCAAGUAUCGUCUUCCUCAGUCCCAACACAUAUCUGGGACCUGAAAUGCCAGAAGACAUCGAACGCACGCCUCUCCCUGAUGUCUCAGACCCUAAACUGACAUAUCCCACGGCCCCGUCCAAGACCGACGUGAGUAGCGACGAUUUAAGCGUAACCUUCGCUCAUGCCGACACUAUCGAAGGCAACAACGGUACCUGGCCGGCACGUGAGAGCACGUUCUUCGAGACGGAGGAUCGCAGUCUGACAAUCAGUGGCUGGAUGCCCGACUCACGUUGGUUCUUGCGGCAGAACUUGCCUCAAAACCUCUCCGAGAUGACCAAGUGGCGGGGUGGACUUGGAGAUAAACUUCCCAGCAGCAGCCAAUUCUACGAAUUUUCCGAUCAGGUCGAUGCCUGCUUUGACUGGGAGCUGUCGACAGAGGGCAUGAAGCUCCUUCUGGCAGAGUCGAUCGCCCCGGAUUACAUCUUUAUCAACCACGGCGUCGAUGACCUCCCGAGUGACUGGGAGAACCCGCAACUCGAUUGGGAUCCUGUGAACCAGCUCAGUCAAUCUGCGCUGUUUAGCCUCCACAUCGCGGAACAAGGGACGACUGCAACCGAUCAUCUCUGGGGCGGCGAGGUUGGUCGCCAAAGAAAGCGCAAGCGACGACAAACCAAGCUCGGGACUGAGUCCAGGGAGCUUUUGGUCGGAAUCGACCUGAAGAUCAGAACGCUCAUCCCAUUGCCUAGAGAUAUGGACCUGAGAGAUGCAUCUAGAAAGAACGCCGGGCUUGACGAGACGAACGAAACCAUCUUGAUAGCUGCAUUCGUCGUUACAAGAACACUUCUUGGUGGUGCCGACCGAAUCAUAGAGUGGGGUCUCAUGAUGACCUUGUUUCCUGACAUGGCACUCAGCGCCAUGCGGCGAUUCUGGUCGAAAGCCCGAAAGGAUCGGGGUACUUUCAUCAGUCAGCUUUCUGAACGAUUCCAGAUUCAAUUCAUCUCAGCCUACGAGAACAAGGAGUUCCCACCCAUCGACUUCGACAACUAUGUCGACUAUGACUGGCCGCGCCUUAUCAAGUGGACAACUGGUCUGAUUGAGGAUUCUCAGGAAUUACCUGCCAGCAAGACUGCUCUGGAACGGGGUUACUCUCUCGGCUCAGCCUGGACCGAUGUCACCAACUGGCGCGACGAGUACUAUAACUUCCAGAUGUCUGUCUUCAACAGAUUCGAGGCGGCCACUUCACGCCCCGCGACUUCCCUCGUGGACAAGGAUGAGGGAGCGCCGUCUAGGGACACCGAGGAUCUGGCCAUUGCCAUGUCGUGGUUGCGCUCCCUUUGCUACACGCAUCGCGAUAAAUAUGCGCCGCAAGAUAUCAGGAAGAAGAUGGCGAGUAUCGGAGGCGGAGAUGAGAACCGCAUCCAAUCUCUUCUUGAGCAAGCGGUCGAGACCCUCCAAGGUCAAGGUGUCAUCACGGACAGCAAGCUUAAAGCACUCGAAGGCCGCCCUUACCGCCUCACCGAGACAUUCUUGCCUAGGUUCAUCAAGUGGACGAACGAGGUCAAAUACAUCGACGCCGCCAAGUUCAAGCAACGACUUGAUGUGAGCUUCCGACGGGGCGAGAAGAUCCGGAUUCCUUACGUCUUGAGGGAUGGCGAGGUCAUGGCCAUGAUGAAUCUGCAGGCGUACGGAAGAGUUGCUGUCACCGCAGUCGAUGUCCCGAACAUCCCUCUCGGAUUCGACCCCGGCAAUUACGAAAGUAGGAAAUAUCCCAAGUCCUACUACAAUUUUGGUCUUGAGAUCGAGGCCACAGAGAAGUACGUUUACAAUGAAGAUUUGGCCCUCUUACAGAAAGCCAAGUAUAGCAAGCCGCCGAGGGAAAAUCAUAACCGGGCCGUUCCACUCUGGUCUGAUUUCUUUGGAGAGCUCAACCAUGAUCGUUGGGCACAAGUUCUUGGUGCAGUUGCGUUCGUCGUCGCAACCCGAGGGCCCUUGGAUGUAGCAUCUGUCUGUGCCGUACUCAAACCGUAUCUACAAGAGUUCGAGGUACAGAUGGUGUUUGACUGGGGAAAACGGUACGGGGUGUUGAAGGGCAUUACCCAUGGGAAAAGUUUCACUGUGGAUGAGUGGUGGUGGCUGCUUGUUGGACAACAGCGAAAUGUUUUGUGA